AUGAAAUUGUUUGAACCAAUAGGAUACCACAAAAACAAAAACACGGAUCCCUCUAAUCCAUUCAUCAAAUUGUAUGGACCUUUCCCAUUCUCUCAUUCCGCCGUUUCCAAAAAUCUCUCCUCCUCCUCUCUUAAUCUAUUCGCCAUUACACGGAUCUCUCCUCCUCCUCUCUUAAUCUACAUGAUCCAUCGCCAUUACACGGAUCCUUGGUUUUUUGUUUCGAUUUCACGAGCUAGGGUUUAUACAAUCUCGAAGUUUUUGAAGAUCGUGUGGAACGAAAGAUUGAAAGUCGCCAUUACACGGAUCCUUGAUCGUGUGGAAGAAAAGAUUGAAAGGGUUGAUACAAUCCCAAGGUUUUCGAAGAUUUUGCUGCACAAAUGUUUGAAAGGGUUCACAAUCUUGAGGUUUUCGAUCGUGCAGUACAAACAGGAGAAAGAUGAAGAAGGAAUGCUAUCAGAUUUGCACCAACUAACUUUUAUGUUAUUUAGAUUUGAUGAAAGGAUAUGA